AUGGUCCUAAUCAACGAGAAGAAAUACGCCUGCGAGAGAUGUAUCAAAGGACAUCGAGUCUCAGGAUGUACACAUACCGAUAGACCGCUGUAUGAAAUCAAGAAGAAAGGUAGACCAGCUACUCAAUGUUCGCACUGUAAAGAUAAACGUAAACUUGCUGGAUCAAGUGUCCAUACCAAGUGUGCAUGUGGUGAUACGAAGAAUCCUCCCUCGACUUCGGUCAUACAACUCACUACCACUCAGUCCGAACAAUCAUCCUCGUCUCAGGGAUCAGAUCAAGAGAAAGAGAAAGAGACAGAAGUGGAAAUAGAAACUAGAAAGGGUCAACCUGGAUCGAAAGCUACCUUUCCUAGAGGGUUCAAAGAUGUGCUGGAACUCGCCGCUGCAGCAAAUGCGCUGGCAGGCUUGGUGAAGGAUGAUGUGGGUUAUAGAAUCGCGGAGAGGAGUGUGUCCGCUCUAUUGAACCCCUGUAAAUGUCAGUCCGGCGGACCAUGUAAAUGCUGCCAACCCAAGAAAGACAGCAACACCAGCGAGUCGUCCUCAGGUGACUGUUGUGAAUCAUCAACCCCCGGCAAUCCCAUCCCUCGGCCUAGUCCAUCUCUCACGAUAAACCCUCAUCUUUCUCCUGGAAAUAUGCAUCAUCCCGCACAUACUUCACCUCACGUUCACAAGACCAAACUAUUUUCGCCUUACUCCACCAACCCCGUCUCUUCAAGCAGACACGGACGUAGGGACACGAUCAGCUCGAACAGGAGUUCCGGUCGAGCGAGUCCAUUACCCAAAUCUCUAAGACCUCCUCCACCACGGAUUAAGCCUUUGACCGAUUUCGGGAGGUUGAUAGGCGCAGCUAUCAAUCAGGAUGGGUCUAUCAAUUCUGAAAUUCCAAGAUCUGCUGUUGGAUUACCAACCUUGCGUUUACCUGGAAUAUCAACGUUUGACACUGCCGCUGAAAAUGGGGGUUCUAAAGUUGAACCCAUGGAGUACGAAGAUAUCGACAUUGAUAUGCCCUUAGCUUUCCCUACCAGUGAAGAUGUGGUGAUAGGAGCGUGUAUGUGUGGAGAAGAUUGUUCUUGUCCUGGAUGUGCGACACAUGACAAUAGAAUUGCCACCACGGAUGAAAACGGGGUGGAACAUAGCCAUGAACUGGGUCAACCCUGUGGUGAAGGAUGUAAAGGUCGACACGAUUGUUGUCAAGCAAUCGCCGUACCAUCAGGCGUCACCUCCAUCGCACACCUCAUAUCUCUGGCAGCUGCUCAUGUACCCCCUCCUCCAGAAACCAAUGUCACUUCCCUGGAUCCUCAUGAUACAAGAAUUCUCCCUCCCUCGGCUCAGAUGAACGAAGAGAUAGCUCGAACGAUGGGCUUCGUACAGCUCAAACCUCUAGAAUGCUGUAAUGGGCGAUGCCAAUGUGCUCCAGGAGAAUGUACUUGUGAGAAAGAUUGUUGUGGAUGUUGUGUUAGAUGUUCUUGCGCUGAGGACGAUGAAGAUGCGAGAAUGGAUGGUGUCGGAUCGCAAACUCAAGAUCAAACUAUAUCCUCUUGCUGUUCUGGAAAAGCGAAUGAUCAAUCUGAACUAUCGAAUAAACAAUCGAGUCCACCGAACAUUUCUCUACCCUCGGCAGACCUCAAUCCCGAUCACAAUCCAAUCCAACCUUCUCCAACAUUGCUAUCACCUCCUGAUAUCGUUCGUCCACCCAGCACUAGUUCUCGACGAUCUUCACCAGCUACUUCGGGCACCACAACUCCAGUCAAUGGAGCGCCUACCCCUGUCACUAGUGCAGCAAUUCGUAGAGCGGCUUCCAUCUCUUCUAAAUCGGCUAAUGGUGGACAUGACGUUUCUUCCUCUUCCCAUCGUCGAGCGACAGUCACGGGUAAUCCACCUACCACAGCAUCUGGACUGUCUAAACCAAAUACCAAAGCGAUUGCACCUUAUAACCCUCAACAUCAUAGAACUAUCUUACCUAAACCUUCCACAACUCAUCUAUCAGUCAAUACGUCGACCAAAAGUUCUUGCUGUUCCAGACAACCUUCACCCUCUGGGCAGAAACGAGGCUCAGCAUCAGCCGGUCCAACAAGAAGUGGAAGUCCGUCGAACUCUCAAGGCGGAGAGAGACGAGCUAGCACUUCCACGGAGAAUAUCAGCAAGUCCACAACGUCGUCAUCGGCUCAAAUCCAGCACACACUUCCAGAGCCAAUGAUUCAGCUUCCUGAGCCCUCACAAUCGCUCCCUCAGGAGGCAACGUUCCAAUGGCCACUGGAUGUUCAACAGCUGUUCUUGCAGUCACAAGCUUCAGGGCAGCCUACGGCCUACCCAGACCCUACGCAAUUUGCAAACGGGGUUGUGCGACCUUCCGCACCGCCCGGCGAAUUAGAUCUUGAUCCUUUUGCAGCGUGUAGUUUGAGCUAUUUGCAUCACACUGCUCGCAUUAGUCCAAGCUCAUCAGAGCUGCAGUCUCAGACACAAUCCCAGACGCAAUCUGAGAUAUAUCACCACCCACCAGUCCAGCCCCAAGCGCAGUCACAACCACAAGCUCAAGCUCCACCUGUGAGCCAGACCCAAGCUAUACCUGCUUUUGACGAUAACUGGUUCAAUCAGAUACAACAGCAGCAGCAACCUGGAUUGUCGCAUGAUGUAUCUGGGAAUACUUCUCCAGAAUUAGAUCAACCGUUUGAUCUGGAACAGUUCAUCUCUCAAGCACUUGCCUCUCAGUCACAAGAUUCGCAGCAACCACAACAAUCCAUUACGAACUUUACCGACUAUUUUGUUAACGGCAUACUCGAUCCGUCUUAUAUUUCUCAAACAUAUGAUCAACAAGUGCAGAAUAAUCCUACAUUACCUGUAUCGUUUGACCCUGCAUCUACAUCCGAUCAGCAUCAAGCAGGUGACGACGCACCACCUUUCGUACCGAUGGUUCCUGGUCUACCUAGCGGAUCUCAUUUCCAACCUAACUGGACCUCAAGUGGGGUGAAGCAUCAAAUGAUGGAAGAUGGACGAAGACAAUUGAGGGAGAUUUAUUCGCAUCAGCAACAACAGCAGCAGCAGCAGCAGAAUCAACAAUUUCAAGUGGAUGGAAUAGAUCAAACAAGUCAACGGUCGGCCAAUACCAAUACUGUUUCUAGUGGUAGUACAAGUGGAACAACAAUUGGAGAUGUGAUCGAUCUCUCGAAACCUUUGAAUCCAGAUACGUUGAAUAAGAUAAUGAAGGCUUUGGAAAAGCAUAAUAACCAGCAACAAUUGUCUACUACUAUUUCCUCUUCGACGACGAAUCCCGAUCAGGAUAUCUCGCAGCCAAAGCCAAAUCCCAAUACAAACCUGAAUGGAGUACAAUUGUUAGAUGUUCCAUUGGCUACUACAAAAGACUUAGAUGAUAUGUUCAACCAAUUUGUCACUUUGGAUAACAAUGGUAUACAGAAUUUUCAAUCUGAUGGUGACAAUGCCAGUAUCAUCAUUGGGAACGGAGCACAAGGACAGGUGGGGGAUGAUCAGAUAUUCAAGUAUUUCGGGUUAGGAUAG